UCUAAAGCCCCAGGAAAAAUGGUGGAAAAUUCAUCAUUGCCAUUGCCAGAAAGAGCGAUUUAUGGCUUUGUUCUUUUCUUAAGCUCCCAAUAUGGCUUCAAACUUUACCUCAUACAGGCUUUUAUUCCUGAAUCUUGGCUAAAAUCCAUAGGUUUAACCUAUUGCCCUCAAAAAUAUUGGACAGUUGCAUUGCCUGUCUAUCCCCUGAUUACUAUAGUAAUCAGCUGUGUGCCCUUGUUUGGGAUUAACAUGAUCAGUACCUCUUCACUCAACUCCAUUCAUACGAUCAGAGAUAACUAUGCUAAAAAUCAACUGCAGAAGAAAUACCAGGAGGCCACUCCAGCAUUAAAGAUAACUCUAUUUGUGAAAUAAACCACAUGUUCUUUCUUGCAGCCAAAGACCUUUAGACCAAAAACUGAAAUGUAUGUAGCCAUACUAACACCAAGCAUUUAUUUAUCCGUAAGUUUUUGCCAUCAUUAUUUUGACCAUAAAUUAAUUCAACCAUCUCUCUUAUUAAUCGAGGAGACGUAAAAAAUGGAAAUUGAUCUUCUCUUAGAUUAUGUUCAAUGAAUAUUGUAAGAGUUCUCAAGAAUUAAUUGUUAAUGAACAGAAUAAAUAAAAUACUGCAUUACCA